AUGAGUCAACCUCGUCUACCGUACGGGCAGGAGGAGGAGCCUCCAGCUUACAGCUAUGGCGGCUACGGAGACUCGUAUGAUGAUAAUGAUGUUCGCCAUGCCGGACCGACAAUGCGCCUCUUACCCUCGAGCUCCCAGGUGGAAUCGGAUUUGAGCACUGAUUUAGGGACGGUUAGGCAGGGAGACCCAUUCAGCGAUGAUAACCAUACAGAAAGCAGAUACCCUGAGCGAUAUUCCUACGAAUAUGACGGCGAAGAAACACUAUCACGCGGCGCUCCAAGCAUGCGAUACGCACCUACGAUUCCUCCGCCUGCAGCAUCCGUCGCAGAAGAGAUGCAUUUCACCGCUUCUCGCCCCGCAUCACCUACACGGCCGUGGUCUCCUAGUCGUGCGCCAGACUGGGUCAGACCGCCGUCUGUAGCUGCGUCACAAUAUGAGCGCGCAGACCUCAAUGGCAGCCCCAGACCUGGCACCCCAAGCUCAAGAUACGGCGGGAGCCCAAGAAGGCCCCUACCACCAGCACCGUUAUUUUCAAAACCAGGGGCCGGUGCUCAAGACACAAGGAUCGAUAUUGGCGAUGCAGAGGACGACCCAUUUGGCGGCGAUGGAAGGACAAUAAACUCGCGCCACGGACCCCACGGCAGCGUUCAAUCGUUUGCGAGUGAGUCGACCUUUAUUGCGGACGAACGGGAUCUGGAGAAGGUUGACUUGGACGAAUAUGACGACGAAAGCACCGAAACGAAAUCAAUGGUUGACCCUAACCUGCACUAUGGACCCGCCCCAGAGAAACAGAGCCGCCGUGGAGUCCGCAACGCGCAGAUGGCGAAGAAGGAGGUGCAGCUGGUCAACGGUGAACUGAUCUUGGAGUGCAAAAUACCCACGAUCCUCCACAGCUUUCUGCCGCGCCGAGAUGACCGAGAAUUUACACACAUGCGGUAUACUGCUGUGACCUGCGACCCAGAUGACUUCACGCAACGAGGAUACAAACUGCGCCAGCAGAUAGGAAGAACUGUGCGCGAGACGGAAUUAUUUAUUUGUAUUACCAUGUACAACGAGGACGAAUCUCACUUUACACGGACUAUGCACGGUGUCAUGCGAAAUAUCAGCCACUUCUGUUCACGGUCAAAGUCCCGCACCUGGGGAAAAGAUGGGUGGAAAAAGAUCGUGGUCUGUAUCAUCUCAGACGGGCGAAAGAAGGUGCAUCCGCGGACGCUGAACGCCCUGGCAGCUCUGGGUGUUUACCAAGAAGGUAUUGCAAAGAACGUGGUCAACCAGAAGCAGGUCAAUGCCCACGUUUAUGAAUACACCACUCAAGUGUCCCUCGACGACGACCUUAAGUUUAAGGGAGCUGAGAAGGGAAUUGUCCCUUGCCAGGUUAUCUUUUGUCUGAAAGAGCACAACCAGAAAAAGCUGAACUCGCACCGUUGGUUCUUCAAUGCCUUUGGCCGCGCUCUGCAGCCUAACAUUUGCAUUCUGCUCGACGUCGGUACACGUCCAGAGCCUACAGCGUUGUACCACUUGUGGAAAUCGUUUGACCAAGAUUCCAACGUCGCUGGCGCAGCCGGUGAAAUCAAGGCAAGCAAGGGAAAGAACAUGCUCGGUCUCCUGAAUCCGCUUGUUGCGAGUCAAAACUUCGAAUACAAGAUGUCCAACAUUCUCGACAAGCCUCUGGAGUCCGUAUUCGGCUACAUCACUGUGUUGCCGGGUGCGCUUAGUGCCUACAGAUUCUUUGCUUUGCAGAAUGAUGCCGAGGGUAAUGGGCCCCUGAAUCAAUAUUUUAAGGGAGAGACGUUGCAUGGAAAAGAUGCAGACGUGUUCACAGCCAACAUGUAUCUGGCCGAGGAUCGUAUCCUCUGCUGGGAGUUGGUGGCUAAGAGGGAAGAGAGAUGGGUUCUGAGAUUCGUCAAGAGUGCUGUGGGAGAGACGGAUGUUCCUGAUUCCAUCCCUGAGUUUAUCUCCCAGCGUCGACGAUGGCUGAACGGUGCUUUUUUUGCUGCCGUCUAUUCUAUUGUCAACGGAAAACAGCUGUGGAAAACCGACCAUUCGCUUCCGCGAAAGAUUCUCCUUCAGAUCGAAUCCGUUUACCAACUGCUUCAGCUAAUCUUCACUUACUUUGGUCUUGCGAAUUUCUACCUGGCGUUCUUCUUCAUUGCCGGCUCGCUUACCGAUAAGAAAAUUGACCCAUUUGGCCACAAUAUGGGCAAGUACAUCUUUAUCGUGCUAAGAUAUGCCUGUAUUCUGGUUAUGUGUCUUCAAUUUAUCUUCUCUAUGGGCAAUCGACCACAGGGUGCGAAGAAGCUAUACCUGUCUAGCAUGAUUGUGUACAGUAUAGUCAUGGCGUAUACAGCAUUCUGCACACUAUACUUGAUUGUGCUUGAGCUUAUGGCCAAGACGGGCCAUGAUGUCCCAAUCACCAUGAGCGACACGCUCUUCGUGAACAUCGUGGUCUCCUUGCUCUCCACAGUCGGGCUAUACUUUUUCACGUCGUUUAUGUAUCUCGACCCUUGGCACAUGUUUACGUCGUCUGCGCAGUAUUUUGCCCUGCUCCCCAGUUACAUUUGUACCCUUCAAUGUUACGCGUUCUGUAACACGCACGAUGUCACCUGGGGUACCAAAGGUGAUAACACGAUCAAUACCGACCUGGGUGCGGCAAAAAUUAUCAAUGGGUCCAUCGUCGAAGUUGAGAUGCCGUCUGAGCAGCUUGAUAUUGACAGUGGCUACGACGCUGCGCUCCGAAAUCUCCGAGACCGCCUUGAGGUCCCUGAUCCUGGAAUCUCCGAGAGUCAGCAGCAGGAAGACUACUACCGCGCCGUACGUACGUACAUGGUUUCUGUCUGGAUGGUUGCCAACGUGGUUCUUGCUAUGGCCGUGUCCGAAGUGUACGGUGUCGGCUCGAGCGGUACCAACGUCUACCUCGCUAUCAUCCUGUGGUCUGUCGCAGUGCUAGCCAUCAUUCGCGCCAUUGGAUCCACGACCUACGCUAUUCUGUACCUGAUACAGAAGCUCGUCGAAGGCAAGGCCAAGUUCCAAGCCGGCAAUAUUGCCAGUGCCAACGCCAGCGCUGCUGGGAGCUCAGUCGGCGGCAGCAACGUUGGAAAGCCGAAGGUGUCUUAUGGCAGCAAAGGUCUGAACAUGACGGACAAGCUGCACGAAACAAAGUGGGCUAUCUCGAGAGGAAUGCAAAAGGCCAUGUUUUGGAAGAAAUGA